UCCUAUCUGACCCGGGAGGACAGGAGAAGCGGAUCCACGGUGCACGUGCCUCCAAGACAAUGCGAGUGGAUCCUCUAAUGUGGUUAUCAAACCCGAAUCACGAUUAACUUUUUUCUUUUGUUGUUGAUGUAAAAGCUGCACAGAUUCAUUGAGAGUCAGUAGACGAAGCAAUGGACGCGCCCCCACAGACAAAGACAGUUGGGAACCUCCAGUCUCCCUCAGCAGCGAACCUGGCCACGUUGCAGUCUUACAGGCCUCUCCUGAGUGACUACGGACCUCCAUCCCUGGGAUUCUCACAGGGCUCCACUGGUAGCCAAGUGCCUCAGAACAAAUAUGCAGAGCUGCUGGCCAUCAUCGAAGAGCUUGGGAAGGAGAUCAGGCCCACAUAUGCUGGAAGCAAGAGUGCGAUGGAGAGACUGAAGAGAGGAAUAAUCCAUGCUAGAGGGCUGGUGCGCGAAUGCUUGGCUGAGACGGAGAGAAACGCAAGAUCCUAGCUACCAACGCCCAUCCGUCCCUGCAAGAAGAUCUGACAACAUGCGUCUCAUGAAAACAAUAAAUAACUUGCAUGGCAUUUCCUCUGAGAGGAGGAAGUAAAUGAACAAAGGAUGGAAAAGCAAGCAAAAAAAAAAUCACACAAUUCAUGUUUCCAGGUUUCUGGAGGAUAAUUUUAAUCACGUGUGGGUUAUUUGAAUUCAAAUAUCAUGGAGGAUAUAAUGUGUUUUUUAUUCCCCACUUUUGGGAUCUAAAUUUUGACUCCAUAUUUAAAUAAUUGGUUUAUGCAUGUGAAAGGGCCCAUGGUUUAAUAGUAGACACUGCAUGGCUUGUACAGGGGUAGAUGGAGAAUACUUCUUUUUGAUAGUGUUCAGUCUGUUUUUCAGACCCCUAUAACACACAUGAGCGAGUGAGUGAUGGACAGAGAUGUGCCAAAUGCAUUAGUUAAUUCAUGUUGAGGUCAGUUUUGGUAUUAAAAAAAAGGAAAAUGCUGUUACUUGCAUCUUUGUAUGUAUUUAUUACUCAGUGUAAUAAAUUGUAUUUUCAA